UGGUAAAUGCUGGGAUUUCUGGGAAUUGAAAGCCAAAAACAUCUGGGGAUCCAGGUUGAGGACCACUGUGCAAGGUCAACUGUGCUUCUUAAGAAGAGCCUUAAGACAGCAAGACUUGCAUCCCAAUCCUAAUUUUCUGUGUGACCCAACUUUCUGUGAAAGUUAAGACAAAGAAAUUGUUAAGGAUUUAGUGAUCUAGCUUUUUGUUUGCUGGCACUUUCAUAUCAAGACUUGUAUGUAUAAAUAAUUCCAUUCUGAUAACAGAUAAUUCUCCAGGGCUUGUUAAACAAAGCCCUGCCUGACCAACUACUGUAUGUGGUUACUCAUUGUACACAGAUUGGCCGCAGUCCUCAAUUUUCGCUGUGACUGCUGCCACCUGCAGGCCUUAUACAGAAUGGCAGAGAAAAUAUUUGGGCUUCACUGGAUGUAAGUAGAACUGAGCAAAGAGCAUUUUGUUGGCUCGGUUUAGGGAGGGAUUCCCAAAACCAAAAAUAGGUCCCCAUUAACCUUAGCCUACCACACCCUCUCAGCUUCAGAGGAAGGUGAAGGCAAAUCUCCCUCUGAACUAAUCUUGCUGAGAAAACCCCAUGAUAGAGGCACCUAUCUGUAAGUCAGAAAUUAAUUGAAAGCACGAAGCUGAAAAAAAGCAGCUGAUGAGCAAAAAUUUGUUGCCUGUAGCAAAGUUCUAAACUAAAACUAAAGGCAAAAUAAAUAAUAAAUUAAUUUCAAUAAUUUGUAUCAACAUAAACCAAAAUCUAACAGGCCCAGAAAGAAAGGGAGUUCUUACCACCAAAAGGAUAACUGUGAGCUCCAGGGAGCCUCCUUGGGGUUGCUCUUCCACAGAACGUAGUAAGAUCAAGAAAGCUCUGUGUCUGGUGGUCAUCUAGUCAUAACUGUAGUGUCACAGUAGAGAAGUCCUUUCCCCCAUGUCCUACUGUGAUGUAUUGCCCCUACCAAGAGGACAUAAACCUCAGUUCUCUUGGUAUUUAUAGUGAAAGGUGUUCCUCCAAGUAUUUAUUUAUUUAUUUAUUUAUUUAUUUAUUUACAGUAUUUAUAUUCCGCCCUUCUCACCCCGAAGGGGACUCAGGGCAGAUCACAUUAUAACACACAUAGGGCAAACAUUCAAUGCCCAUAAACACAUCAAACAGAGACUGAGAGACACACGCAGAGGCAAGUUAACCUUCUUCUGAGGGGAUGUUCGAUUCUGGCCACAGGGGGGAGCAGCUGCUUCAUCAUCCACACUGACGGCACUUCCUCAUUCCAGGUCGUAAAUUAGUAAAGUAUUUUGGUCCCAAGUCAUUUAGAGCUUUCAGUGUUAUUACCAACACCUUGAAUCCUCCCAGAAAAGGCCAAACUGCUGAAAGAUUGUUCACACUCAAAUUAAAUGCAAAAUCACUAACUUCACGCAGUGACAAUUUCUUCAUAUUUUUUCCUGCUCUACGUUGAUGCCCCUGAUGCAUAUCAGAGCAAGUGCACUGCUACGUUCUUUUGCCUUUGAGGCCCUCUAGUGGAGAAAACAAAUAUACAUACAGCAUUAUGCUUUCUAGUUUAGGUUAAGAAAAGUAUGAGCCUUCAAAUUACCUGUUGAUUUAUGACAAUCUCAUGAAUUGCACAUGGGUUUCUUAGGCAAAGAAUGCUCAGAGGUGGGUUGUUAUUGCUUUCCAUUGACAUAUAACCUGAAGCAUUAGAUCUAAAUGCUAUGGCUGUGCAUGGAUCUGUUUUGAAAAAUGGGGUCUGGUUGGUCCGGCCAACCGUCACAGCACAGGCUCUGCCACCAUUUUUUCCAGCUGCAAUAGACCACAUGGCUGCUGAAAACUACUGCUUUCAAUUUAUUUUGGCUACACAUGGAGUGUGGAGAGGUAUUGUGAGCAGGCUUCUGAGAGAAACAUAUCAGUGAUCUAAAUUUCCAGUGCCUCUUGCAGUUCUGCAUGGCUUGGCUUGCUUUUUGACUCAACUAGCAGAGCAGAAAAGUUUGCUUUCUACACACUUAAGAAACUGCCACCGAUGGUGCCCUUCACACAAGGCAAGCUUCAAAUGUGAAGUAGAGGUAUCUUACCAUUUCUAAAGUCACCAUAAAAUGUGGAGAUAAUUUAUAUCUUUUUUUAAAGAAUAGCUAAUGCUCCUUCAGGUGAUGUGGCUCCAUUGAAAUAAGUGUUUAACUCAGCUUCAUUGAAAGGGGGUUGAGGGCAAGCGAUCACAGAAAGGGUGGUUUCUUAAGUUUGAUGCCUUUAAUCCAGAUUUUAUUGAAAGAUAUAAGGAGAAGCGAUCCCAGAAAUUGGUUUCGUAAACCUGAUGCUUUUAAUCCAUAUCUUUUUGAAGGAUAUAAGGAGAAACUAUCCCAGAAAGGAGGGUUUCUGAAGACUGAUGCCUUAAAAAUGAUGGAAAGGGGAGCCUCGUAAGCUACCCAUUGCCGCCAGGGGGCUGGAUCUUCCUGAAUUUUUUGGUUGCUGGAUUGAAAAACAGAUUACAGUCCCGCUGAAUUUAGGAAGCUCCUGAAAAAUUGAAAGAGAGGGCCACCAAAUUCGGGCCACCAAAAACAGACUGCGGUUUAGCCAAAUUACACACCACUACUAAAUACCCUAAAGACACCACAAUGGUUCUCAAUCUGUGGGUCCCCAGAUGUUUUUGGCCUUCAACUCCCAGAAAUCGUAACAGCUGGGAUUUUGGGGAGUUGGGAUUUUUGAGAGUUGUAGGCCAAAACACCUGGGGACCCAUAGGUUGAGAACCACUGCUAUAAGAUAUGCUUCUUGACUUAUGGUGAUCCCAUUAAUUUCAUAGGGUUUUCUUAGGCACAGUAUACUCAAAAGUUUUGCAAGUAUCUUCCUCUGAAAUACAGCCUACAGCACUUAGUAUUCAUUUUCGGUCUCUAUCCAAGUACAAACCAGGAAUGAUCUUGUUUAGCUUUGAGUUAAGAUGUGAUUUAAUGCCUUUAGGGUACGAAGGCCCUAGAGAUGUUCUAAGCAGAAGAUACCACUUUCUUGCAGUCAGGAAUUUUCAUGCUAGGGUUACUUCAAUCUCUUUCAAAAAGAACAAACACUGUCCGGGUUAAAUGAAAGUUUGUUUUAAAAAAUCAGUUUAGACUUAUAAUAUAAUGCCUUGGAGCCACUAUUCUUGUAGGUAAUUUGAUUAAGGACCACUGGAUGUUGAAACAAAAGCAGGAUGAGUGCCGCAUUUAGAAAGCUUAAUCUGCUACAGCUCAUCAGUAUGUACAUAACUGGAAAAAGUACAUAGCCUGAAUUAUCAUCAUUAUUGCAAUGAGCAUUAAUUUGGCAAAGCCUUGAUAUGGUCUGAGAAAACUCUAUUACUGAUUUGUUUUGCAACAUUGAUGUGGCUUGGGGAAGCUGUAUCAGGAUAAGAGACUGUUUGCUGAGUGUUAAGCUUUAUACAAAAAAUAUAGAAUACAAUCAAAAUGGUGGAUUACAAAAUGAAAAUUUUGAUACAAAGAGCUGAUUAUCAAAAGACACAGGGAGCUGCGGAGAAGAAGGAAUUGAACAAAGUGGAAAACACAGUUAUAUGGCACUCAUACAAGAAUGGAAACAAACAGAGUAUCUCCAAUUAAAGAACUACAAGGGAAUAUACAAGCGUAUCAACAAUUAUUUGGUCUACCAAGGCUUCAACUCAGAUGGGGAGGUGCCUAUGAAAAAGUCCAAAAUUUGGAGAAGAGGCAAAUGAAUCAGAUACUUAGGGCAAACUCUGAAAGUGCAGAGGGAAUAAAACUCCAAGAGAAGAGGUUAUAUCUUCAGGCAAGAGAAAUUCGGGAGACUUAGCUUUCAGAAGCCAAUCGGGAUAAAAAUGGAUUAUAAGGAAACUAUAACUUCAAGCUUCUGUGUACCUAGCAGUUCGAAAACAGUAAUGUAAGUAGAUAAUUAGAUAAUUAGGUACCACUUUGGCAGGGAGGUAAAACGUACCCCUGAAAAACAUGCCAGCUAAUUCAAUCAGGAAGGCGUCCAUGGACAUCAGCUUGCUUGGUAUGGAAAAGGGAACAACACCUCCCCAUGGCUGAGUCGAGCACAGCCUUGAGAUGCCGGAAAUGAAAAAGUGCGAAUCCUUGUCUCUGUCUAUGUAUUGUCUGUCUGUGUUAUUAAUUGUGAUGGCAUUGAAUGUUGCCUUGUAUAUAUUCAGUAAUCCGCUCUGAGUCCCCACGGUGAGAUAGAGUGGAAUAUAAAUAAAGUGAUUAUUAUUUAUCCUCAAAUAUUUAUGAAACAUAGAGGACAGUGAGUGUAUGGCAGGCAUGUAGCAAUUCUUUAAAGAAUAAUUCUGGGUUGCAAAGGAAUAGAACGUUUUGAGCAAGGCACGACUGGUAAAAUAGGACUACAUUUCCCAAGGUGCAGUGCUGCAAGUUCCACCAAGAAGCCAAAACUCCCCCCCCACACACACACACACACCUCCUAAACAACCACUUUAGCAACGUCUUCAGCAGCAUGAUUGCCAGUAAGUGACAAGAAGAAGAGGAAGCCAUGAGACAGAGAUCCUGGGUCCGAGCAAUGAAGUGUCAGCUGCUGGCGGCUAGCCUGUUCAUCAUGUUGCUUGGAUUAUCAGUAAACAUUUUGAGCAUUGUCACCUACUGUGGAAAGCACUUUACUGUCAUAAAAGAUGCCUCCUUGGACAAAAACGCCUACUACCGAACUUUUCAUAGUGUUGUUUUCUACACAGGGAUAUGCAUCGGCAUCAUUCUGACUGUUGCUUCCCUACUGAGUAUUGUUGCCACAGUGAGAGAACUGGAGAGUGGCAUGGCAGUGGGGUUCUUCUGCUUUGCGGUAGUGUUUUGUGCAUCAAUACAAGCAACAUAUUGGACAAUUACCAACAGUGCUGUGGUUGAAGAUGCCAUGAUGGAUGUAUAUGAUUUCGUUUAUGAAGAUGUAAGAAGAAACACUUCCAGCACCAGAAGAGAGGAGCUACGUGUUAUCCACAAAACGUUUCUCUGUUGUGGGAAAAGAUCACCAUUUGGAGAAAAAAAUAAUAUUGGAAAUGAGGUGUGCCAGUCAGAAAUGAUGGAAUCAGCAAAACAGGAUUGCCUACAGGAGAUCCAGCACUUCCUGAAAAAACACAUGGAAUUUGUCUCCAUACUGAUGACUAUAACGGUUUUCUUAAUGGUGUAUGGGAUGAUCUUAACUUCAUUCCUCUGGUAUUCUAUCCACUUUAAGAACAGUUUGGAUCGAAAGGGUAAAUAUAUCCUGGCAAAGCAAUAGAAGAUUGGUUUAACCUUCUCUGGAAAAGGAAAGGCAAUGGUUGUUGGACAUGAAAAUAAAUUGGAUUGUUUUUCUGCAGCUAUGAGUGGACAAUGGAUAUCCCUGAAUUUUUUUUCUUCAGUUUCCUUAUUUUCUUUUCAAAAUUCCAAUUCCAAAUAUGGUUGAACCAACAUGACACAGCCUUGAAACAACUAUAGACAAAGAGCUGAUUGACCGAAGUGUUCAUUCCCCAGGAUUUCAUAAACAUGCAACACUGAGUGGAAACAUGGAGGUAGGAUAUAAACCAGAAGCCAAGAAGAUGCCCACCCACAAAUGUGUUUGCCAGCUGAAGCCAUAAUUUAGAGCCCUCAAAAUAGCAAGUCAAAACAAACCACAUGCCCCAAGGAAAAGAACACUCAAGGAAAUGGAAAUUAUUCAGCUCAGGAAUCAGAAUCUUUUCUAUCUAAAGGUUCUCUGUUUGUGUGUGCACGCACAUGCAAGGAGGAUGGGAGGGAGCGAGAGAAAGAAAAAGAGACAACAUUUUAUAAUUGGUUUCAGCAACCUUGUAGCCACUUCUGCCAACUGUGAACUUAAGGGGAAGCACUAGCCUUCCAGAUGUUUUGGAUGACAAUUUACACAGUUCUUUACUAUUGACCAUACUAGCUGGGUAUUUCUAGGGUUGAUGUCCAAAAUAUCAAGAAGACCAAAUUCACUUCCACCUUGUUUUAGAGUCUCUCUGGAUUGUGUGUAUAUCUAAUUGGGUUUAAAUCAAUAAAAUCUGAAAUGGGAAUAAA